AUGGCGGUGCUUGAAGCGCUUUUCCUGCUGCUUGUGCUGGACAAAUCCGCAAAUUGGAUUCAACUGGAUGGACUUCUGGCGGAACCCAUCAGGGAUUUGCCUCAGCUGAAUCUUUGGCUGCGGAUGGGUAAACAAAACCAGGAUGAGGCAAAUCCCUAUGUCCAGUGGUUCCUGCAUCAAUCGCAGAAGCCCUUGAGCAUCCACACGUACGAGGAAAAUCAGGAUUGGAGGUACGAUCCCUUUGGGCGGGAUAAUCUGGUAUUGGUGAUGAGUUUGGGCCAACUUAUAUCGAAUCGUGGAGCAGCUGCACCCAACCAGAAGGCUGGUGUUUUCUUCUAUAUCCUGGCAGAUCAAGUCGAGGACUUAUCCAGCGAGGAACAACUUGAUUUGGAGGCCAGCUGCCGCCAGUUGUGGAUGCUGCACAAAAUCUACAAACGCUUCUUUCUCACCAGCAAGGGUAUUUGGAUCUAUGAUCCAUUCAAGCGUCGCGAUUCCGCCUUCGGUCGUUUGGUGCGAUAUCUUGGCUCCGAGUCCCUGGACAAACUACUCUUCCACGACAUGGAUGGCUAUCCCUUGCGGAUUCAGAUGUUCAAGUCCGUGUACACUCGGCCGGAAAUCGAUAAGAGUACGGGCCUGCUGACAAGUGUCACUGGCGUGGACUUUCUGGUGGCCAAAAUGCUCAGGGACCGACUCAAUUUCACCAUGCUGCUACAGCAGCCAGAUAAAAAUUAUUUCGGAGAACGCAAUACAAAUGGCAGCUAUAAUGGCGCCAUAGGAUCGAUCAUCAACGAUGGCCUGGACAUUUGUCUGACGGGAUUCUUUGUGAAGGACUAUCUGGUGCAGCAGUACAUGGACUUCACAGUUGCCGUCUACGACGAUGAGCUGUGCAUCUAUGUGCCGAAGGCUAGGCGUAUACCCCAAUCGAUAUUACCCAUUUUCGCCGUUGGCUACGACAUUUGGUUGGGUUUCAUUCUGACCGCCUUUGCCUGUGCUCUGAUUUGGCUAACAUUUCGGGUGAUCAACCUGAAACUGAGGAUAGUCAGGGUGGGCAAUCAGCAUCUUUGGGGCCAGGCAUUGGGCAUAGUGGUGGACACUUGGGUGGUUUGGGUUCGGGUCAACUUGAGCCACCUGCCAGCGAGCUAUGCGGAGCGGAUGUUCAUCGGGUCGCUCUGCUUGGUGAGUGUGAUAUUUGGCGCCAUUUUCGAGUCCAGUUUGGCCACCGUUUACAUACAUCCGCUGUACUACAAGGACAUCAAUACCAUGCAGGAGCUGGAUGACAGUGGCCUGAAGGUGGUCUACAAAUACUCCUCGAUGGCGGAUGACCUGUUCUUUAGCGAAACAUCGCCAUUAUUCGCGAGUCUCAAUAAUAAACUCACCUGGAACCGAGAUCUUCGGGCGGAUGUCAUCGAUGAGGUGGCCAAGUACAGGAGCAAGGCUGGCGUCUCCAGAUAUACCUCCUUGGUCCUCGAAUCCUCGCGAUUCACAUUGCUUCGCCAGAUUUGGGUUGUGCCGGAGUGUCCCAAGUAUUAUACCAUCUCUUAUGUAAUGCCGCGCGAUUCACCCUGGGAAGAUGCCGUGAAUGCUCUUCUGUUAAGGGCGCUCAGCGUGGGAUUCAUUGUUAAAUGGAUCAAGGACGAGCAAUCCAAGGUGGACAUUAAGAUGCGACUGAGCAUCCUUGAGGCCAAUGCCGAGUCUGAUCUGGUCAGAGUCCUCACUAUUGAAGAUCUUCAGUUGGCCUUUUAUGUGGUCAUUGGGGGAAAUUUGUUGGCCUUUCUGGGUUUUUUUUUGGAGCACUUUUGGCGAAAGUUACCAAAAUCAAGAAAAUAA